AUGACCAAUCGGAAGGAGUGGCUGCAAAAUUUCAGAGCAUCACCGAUCCCGUACGUGCUGUUGGGAGACGAGGGGAAACUUCCUGUGAAAGGGGAAGGAGAUCUAGUGCUGCAAAGUGCUUAUGGUGAGGUGAAGCUGGACAACGUGCUGCUGGUGGACAAGCUCACACGCAACCUCAUAAGCCAAUCGCAGUUGGACAACGGUGGGUGCAAGACUUUCAGUGACAAGGGCAGCAUAUGGGUGUUCGGUUCAGAUUGGAAGGUGAUAGCGGAAGGAUCACGCAAGCAAGGGCUGUACGAGAUGAAGCUGCACAAAAAACAGACUGGGGAGAAGCCCACGUACAUGGCUGAACCGGAAGCGAGCAAGGUGGCACGAGAUGAGCUACGCACCAAGCUGAAAAAAGUUCCGAUCAAGGAGCUGCAGCAGCAGGCACUUCCUAUGGCUGCAGCAGUGAGCACGGUGGACGUCAACCUGCUGCACAGGAGGAUGGGGCACGCUGGUCACACUCGAAUCAAGCAGCUGGUCAAGAAGAACAUGGCAGCAGGAGUGAAGACCGGAAAAGUCACGGCGACCAGAGAUGUUACCUUCUACGAGCAGGACACCUACUUGGAGUGGAAGGGACGGAAACAAGGAGCUUUUGCAAAGGAAUCGGCAGCAGCACCAACUCCAGUGGAGGAUAUGAUAGAUGGGAGUGAGAAGGAGGGGAUAGGGGCAGCCAAUGGAAGCGGUGACAAUGACGACUACGAAGACCACACUACACCGGGUUUCGACUGGGUGUGGGAGGUUCAGGAGCUGUCCUCACCUUCAACUGCCGUGGAAGAGGGUGAAGAAGAAAAUGAUAAGGGAGAAGAAGCGGGUGACAGUGCAACGAAUGAAGCCGGUGAGGAAGAAGCUGAGAUUUCAGAUGUGGAAGAGAGUGUGGCUGAAUCUGCCAGCACGGGGUACUCCGACCCAUGGCGCAUCAUUGACACGGGGGACAAUGAAAAGGCGGCAGCAGAGAUUGAAGACCUACUUGUGGACGGAGCGAUCGUCAUCGGAAGAGAGAUUGAAGGAGAUUCCGUGCAACAAGGAACGGAUGAUAAUGCAGCAGCAGAGAAAUGUGGAGCUGAAAAUGAGAAUGAGGAGAUGGGCAAAGGGAAACGGGUCAAGAAACCCAACCCCAACAGCCUUGCGGACAAGAAGGUCGAUGUGAGAGAAGAAAUUGAGGCAUGGGGCAAUAGGGAGAGAGCGCUCAAAGCUUACCAAUCCAUGGUAGGCUCAGUCAUGUACCUGGUGUCAUGCACACGGGUUGAUGUGGCCUAUGCUGCAAGCUUUCUUGGACAGAGGGUGUUGCACCCCGAGGGACGCAAGUGGAAGGAAAUUGAGCGGACCAUCACUUACCUCUUGCAAGGGGAUGAUGAGGGGCUGCUGUUUGAAGGGGGAGAGGAGAUUCUAGAGCUAGUGGGCAUGCGCACCCUCAAGGACUUGCAAGGGAGCAGCGGAGCAGCAACACGAGAUACUACACCACCUUACGGUUGGGAUCAGCAAGGGAAGAAGAAGGUGGGUUAUAUUGUAACCACUGGAGCAUAG